AUGCUGCUGUGGGCAUUGCUGGUCAUCUUUGCUCCAGCCAGUGAACAGGCAGACUGGCUGACCCUCAUGGUGCCCUCUUCUGUCUUUGAAGGAGAUAACAUUUUUCUGAAAUGCAAGGGAAAAGAUGAAUCAAAAAUAAAGACUAUGACUUACUACAAGAAUGGAAUAAAAGUAUUUUCUUCAAAACACGUUUCAAACUUCCCUAUCUACAGUGCAGCUUUGAGCAACAGUGGCAAUUAUUACUGUAGUGCUACUUUAACAACAUGGUGGAGCAAUAAACACACUUCAAAAACAGUGGAAAUCAAAGUUCAAGAGCUUUUUCCACGACCUGUGCUGACAGCCAGCUCUUCCCUGCCCUUGGAGGGUACACCAGUGACCUUGACCUGUAAGACCCAGCUCCUUCCACAAAAGUUACAUGUCCAGCUCCGUUUCUGCAUCUUCAGAGAUCACCAGACCCUGGGGUCAGGCUGGAGUAGCUCCGCAGAGCUCCAGAUUCCUGCUGUGUGGAGUGAAGACUCAGGGUCCUACAUGUGUGAGGCAGAGACAGUGACUCCCAAAAUCAGAAAACAGAGCCUCCGAUCCCAGAUUCAUGUGCAGAGAAUCCCUGUCUCCAAUGUGAGCUUAGAGAUCCAGGCCACUGGGGGACGGGUGAUUGAAGGAGGAAAGCUGGUCCUUCUCUGUGCGGUGGCUAAGGGCACAGGGAACAUCACCUUUUCCUGGCACAGAGAGGACCCAGAAACCAGUCUGGGAAGGAAGACCCAGCGUUCUAUGUCGGCAGAGCUGGAGAUCCCAUCCGUGAAGGGGUGUGAUUCUGGUGAAUACUAUUGUAGAGCCAGCAAUGGUCAUGGCGCCAUCCAGAGCAAGGUGGUGAAUAUCCUUGUACACAUUCCAGUGUCCCGACCUCUCUUCACUCUCAGAGCCCCUGGAGCCCAGGCUAUGGUGGGGGACGUGGUAGAGCUGCACUGUGAGGCCCUGAGAGGGUCUCCCCCAAUCCUGUACCGGUUUUAUCAUGAAAACAUCACCUUGGGAAACAGCUCAGCCCCCAGUGGAGGAGGAGCCGCCUUCAACCUCUCCCUGACGCCACAACAUUCUGGAAACUACUCCUGCGAGGCUGACAAUGGCCUGGGGGCCCAGCGCAGUGAAGUGGUGUCACUCUCCAUCUCAGGGCCUGGUGGCUAUGGAGGAAAACUCCUCGCAGUCAGAGUGGCUGGGGGACUGUUCGGGGCCCUUGGUUUCGCCGUUGUUGCUCUGCUGUUUUAUUCCUGUUCACACAAGAUAUCAGGAGAAAGUUCUGCCAUUGAAGCAUUCAGAGGUGCUUCCAGCUCAAACCCUGAAGAGGGCACCCCACCCAGCCCACUCCUAGCCUUAGAGGAGCAGCAGCCAGUGUAUGUCAAUGUGCACUCUGUAGAUGCGGAUGUGAUUUAUUCCCAGGUCUGCAGCAUCCAGCAGCCACACAGUCCAGCAAACAUCAGAAGAGCUCUUCUGGAGAACAAGGACUCUCAAGUCAUCUACUCUUCUGUGAAAAAGUCCUAA